AUGGCGAUCUCUUACUCUCACACGGAGAGUAACAUAAUGGCUCUGAUGGAUUUUUAUGAUGACUAUGGUGAUCUUCCUGGGAUUAGGUUUCGACCAAACUAUGUUGAGAUAGUAGAGCAUUAUCUCUACAACAAGGUUUAUGGCAAGCCCUUGAGUGCAGACGUUUUGAUUGAGUGUGAUAUCUACGAAGAAUUUUGGAAGAAACACUUUGAGAACACGGAUGAGACUAGUCUUUACUUCUUCACAAAAUUGAAGAGGGUUGGCAAUGGUUCAAGAAUACAAAGGAACACAACCUACGGCACAUGGAAGUCUAAUAACGAGAAGCCCAUAUAUCGAGAUCAAGCUAAGAAGGAUCAAAUUGGUUCUGUGAGAAGUCUUACCUUGGUGACCAAGAAAGGGUCCAAAUCCGUUGGUCGGUGGGUUAUGCAUGAGUUUAAACUCAAAGGGCGCUUAUACAAUAAAGAGUACGAGGAUUAUGUCAUUUGUAGGAUCGAAAGACUCAAGCAACAAGAAGACAACAACUUGAAUGAGGACACUCAAAACAUCGAGCAGUUUGUCAAGUCAUUUGAGCAACACAAAGAUGGCGUGACUAAUACUGAGAUUGAGACUGAGACUCAGCUUGGACGACAUCAACAGGAUAGACUUGAGCAAAAAGAAGACAGCUUCAUAAAUGAGCAAUCUUUCGAAACAACUGAGCAACUACAAGAUUGCAUGACUGAGAUUGAGACAGAGCUUGACCCUAAUGUUGUCCUCACUGUCGAAGACUUGGAGGCUCUCCUAGGCUGGGAUAGACUUGAGCAAAAAGAAGACGGCCUCAAAAAUGAGGGCAUUCAAAACAUAGAGCAAUCUUUCGAAACAACUGCGCAACUACAAGAUGGCAUGACUGAGAUUGAGACUGAGCUUGACCCUAAUGUCGUCCUCACUGUCGAAGAAUUGGAGGCUCUCCUAUCAGAACCAUAA